AUGAUGGUUCCUCUCGAUCCUAUGGGACCGCCGGUGGUGAAUGGUGGCGGCACUAAUGGUGCCGGAGAUGGAUCGGGCGUAGCGAACAGCUACGGUAUUGCAACGAUCAGUACGAACGCGUCGUUCCGUCGGCGCGAUGACGAAUAUCGGAGCAAAAUAAUGGGUACAACGGUGCGGAAUUAUGCCGAGGAUGACACGAACGGCGAAGCGUCGACCUGUGGCCGUAUCCUGAUAUUUCUAUCCUGGGUGCUCGUCGUCCUGACGAUGCCGUUCAGCCUGCUCGUCUGCUUCAAGGUCGUGCAGGAGUACGAACGUGCCGUAAUAUUCCGAUUAGGUCGUCUGAUGCAAGGAGGCGCCAAAGGACCAGGUAUCUUCUUCAUACUGCCAUGCAUCGAUGCGUACGCGCGUGUUGAUCUGCGAACGCGAACGUACGAUGUACCACCGCAAGAGGUCUUGACGAAGGACAGCGUCACCGUGUCGGUGGAUGCCGUCGUGUACUAUCGUGUGUCGAACGCAACCGUUUCGAUUGCGAAUGUCGAGAACGCGCAUCACUCGACUCGCCUGCUGGCCCAGACCACGCUUCGCAACACGAUGGGUACCCGGCAUCUGCAUGAAAUUCUCAGCGAGCGGAUGACCAUCUCGGGCAGCAUGCAGCUCUCGCUGGACGAAGCGACCGAAGCCUGGGGCAUUAAGGUGGAGCGCGUCGAGAUCAAGGACGUGCGUCUACCGGUUCAGCUGCAGCGCGCGAUGGCGGCCGAAGCUGAGGCCGCCCGGGAAGCCCGCGCCAAGGUAAUUGCGGCCGAGGGUGAGCAGAAGGCGUCGCGAGCGCUCCGGGAAGCGUCGGAGGUGAUCGGUGACUCACCGGCGGCACUGCAGCUACGCUACCUCCAAACGCUCAACACCAUCUCGGCGGAGAAGAACUCGACCAUCGUGUUUCCGCUGCCGAUCGAUAUACUGACGUACUUCAUGAAGUCCAAAGAGGCGUUCGUGCCGAACGCGUAAGCCCUGGUACCGUCAUUCGUAACCCCCAACUCAUCGCAUUGAGUGCUCUGUCACAUUCAGUCGCCUCGUCACAUUGUUGCAGCUUCUGUUUGCCGCACAUUCCAUCACCACCAGAGCCGCCAGCGUGCGGACACUAACAAUAGCAGAUUUGUUUACAACAAAGGAGGAAGCAGCCGGAAGCUUUUUAAACAUCGCUUCUACCACCUCGAAACCUUUCAAUGGAAUGGAUAUUGAUUGUUUUACACACCGUAUUGCUUGGUAUCAUGUCGGUGGGAAGGUUUAUUUAGUGCCAGUAAAUGUCCCAACAACCUGACGUCUUUCACUUACCAAACAGGACAUUGUGUGGAUUGUGGACAAAGCGGCAACCAGAAAUAUAUCUCGAAAUGAUGAAUAAAAUCAAAGCCCUUGCGUAGGUCGCCGGAACACCGAAGCGUAAAAUCCAAACAUCAAAUGAUAUGCGAACUAACACAAUGGCAAAGUGAGUUCCGGUUUUUUUUUUAUUUGGAAAAUGGAGAAUGGCCAACCGAUUUCUGGCCACGAUGAAGGAAACAAACAGCCCCAAAAUCCAUAACCCAAUUGUAAAGUUAAAUGAAAUAACUGUGCAAAGAAGCAAUCGCAAUGAUUGGGAAACAAAAGUCAAACUGGAAUCAAGCGGCGAAAAGGGGGCUCGAAAUGGGCAACUGUUUGUUGUCGCCUGCUUUUUGGUCUUUGUUCCGCUUCGAAAAUGGUGGUGAACAUUUUGCGAGCGGUGGGAAACUGCCCGACGGGUCAUGUCUGUCUCCUAAAGGCGCUUACCACGAGCAGAGUCCUUCGGGGCUUGUUAAAGUUUUUAAUAUAACUUUUGCUAAAUUGUUUCCAGUUCCGUUUUGCACGGCGUCCGCACAGGCGAAUCGUCCUUUCUAGCAAUCGAUGAGCUUCGGUAGAUCCUGACCGGUGGCGUACGAAUAUCGAUAAGGGUGCCGUGGCUUGAUCGUCCACCGACGGUGAAGUGCUCCAGUGAGUUCGUCCCGUUUUGCAAUUCCAUCCCAAAAGUGGAACCCUUCUCGUACAGGUCGUACUUAUCAGAGUGGGUACCCUUUUUGUUUUUAAGUCCCGUGGAUGUGGUCCCACCCAACCUAAAACCAAAAAAAAAAAAUGGUCCCAAGCGUGGCAAUGGGCGCAAGUGAAGUUGUUGGUAGAAUGGAUGAAUUUUUAAGCAUCCAUUUCCCCUUUUGGCACGCAGUGGCAGGUCGGUGCGGCCUAAACUUUUUCAUCUAUCAUGCAACCAUUUUAUGAAGGGAUGUUGGGAAGCGAAAUAUAGGAAGAAAGGUAAAGGAUUUGGUAAGGGUUCGGUUUUUGUUUUUUCGUUUGUUUCCGAGUGGUGGAUGAACACACGCUCAAUAGGGUUCGGUUGAAAUAGACAAAAAAAAACCCUACAAGUAUACAAAACGGUGCACUUAAGACCAUUUUUUGUUAUUGCUUUACGUUUGGAGUUUGGAAUGUAAACAAGGCGCAUUAAUUUAUGCACAACACAAUUUAGGCAAAUAUUUUCCAUCUCGACCGAGAUACAUCUGCAAAUAUGAACAACAUUGAAUUGCGAUUAAGCUUUACCUGAAACAAUCUGUAAACCUCGUAAUUUCCCACUAAUUUCCUAACGAUUAUUUUUGUACUAAAAGGUGUUCUAAAAAGGUAAACAAACAAUCGUAUAGUAUUUCCCAAGCGUGCACCACGUUUAGAUAAAGUAGUGAAUCAUAUCAUCCAUCCUGACGCACCUGAUUAUCGAAUAAUAAUAUAUUGCUGAUGAGGGAAGUAGUUUGUCACCAACCACUGUGUUAGUCAUCACAGCUGUGUAGCGUGUGUUUUUGUGUUGCACAAAUAAAAAGAAAACAAACAUGGCAGAUCAAGUAUGCUUUGGAUCACCUUAAUUGUUGGCUUUCAUCCUGAAGCGAUUGAGUAACUCAUCACCUCAUCAGCACCCGCAUGAGUUACCCUUGAGUGCAUACAUUGCCCGCAUUGAUGUAGCUUACGUGUGGACGUUUAACGCCCUGUUACGGUUAGAUAGACAAAAUGUAAUUCUCUGAACGUUGGGUUCAGUAGUUUACACUGUCAAAAAUUAAAAUAAAAAAAACCCUGUAAAGAUGUUAAUUUCUUCUACGUUAAGCGUGCAGCGUCAAAAGAAAAAAAACGGCAAAACCCCAAAACAAAUAAACGAACUAAAACAAAACGGUGUCAAACUGUACAUGCAAAUAAAUGACCAAUAAAUCAAAAAUAAAGAAACAAAACUCGUUGAAAGUGAUAUAAGCUUUAAGUGGUAAAGAGUAUCGCGGACGAAAGCAAUGGAAACAAAACAAAAACAAACAGCUUAGAUAAAUGCAAUCAUUGUUAAAUGGGAAACAACCCAAGAGGACAACUUGGAGGAGAGAAGCAAAGAAGAAAUGAUGCAUCCGCUAAAUAAAGAACAAACAUCAAAGGAAGUAAAGGAGCAA